AUGCAUUCGAAAAGGAGUGCAGAACGAGCUUUGAGAGAAAUCAUCGAUUUCCGAGAUGGCCUGGACAAGCGAACUGACAAAGAACUGAUAGCUGCUCUUGAUUGCGUGGUUGAGGUCAUGCAAAAUCACCUCUACCACGCCUACCUAGAAGUGCGUGAUUUCUACGAGACGACCCUGCUUUCGAUGGCCAUUCCGAUGAAAGUGAAGGCUGACAUGGCUCUUGACAUUGCGGGUCGGUGGGAGCAGAUUGAUAAAUCCUCCUCGGCUCUCUCUACUUUCUAUACCCACUCAGAUCGCAGCAGCAACGAGCUCGCUAGCGGCGUAAGAUCCCGUUCCUUAUCCCAUUUAACAAGACCGGUGACGUUGGAGCCUGGUGCAUGUAAGAGGAGCAGCGCAAGGGAUCGCACAUCAGUCAUGACCAGCUCAUUCGGUCGUCUUGAUUUGAGACGACACCACCAUCGCUACGAACACCGUCUGCACCAGCACAAUAACAACCAAGAGCAGCAUCAUUCGCGUCGUGUGAGAGAUAACGGUGAGCCGCUGUUCGACGACAACACCGAGGCGAGUUCGCAGUCACCGAGUUUCGGCUCCGUCUCGGUAUCCAACUCCUCCUCGGAGCGACGACGCGGCUUCUCGUCAAUCUUCCGAGUCCAACUAACGCGGGGACCCCAGGGCUUCGGCUUCUCUAUCGCCGGAGGCACUGAUCAAGAGCCUCCUCUACCCACAAUCGAUGCUCGCUUCGUCUACGUUGCCCGCAUCACGCCCGGCGGCGUGGCCGACUUGGAUGGCCGUCUCAGGGUCAAUGAUGUCAUUCUUUCUGUAAAUGGAUUCGGACUGGUUGGUCUUCCUCACCUUAAGGCAGUUACAAUCUUCGAGAAAUCUGGCGCACAUCUGGACUUGAAAGUUCAACGACCACAAUCGGCCUUCGCCCAGGAGAUCAGUCGGCCCGUACACUUGCCUACUUCGCCGAAAAUCUCUUCUACUGUGAGCAAACGCGUCCACGCUGACCGAGGCAGUGGCGGAGAGACACACGCCGCGUCAGUGCGGUCACGAGUCACGGCGCUCUCGCGCUCCCACUGUAUCAUCCUGCCCGCUGCUUCCAACUCGCCCUCUCCCACCGAGUCGAGCGGUCCCCCGCCCACCACAGUCUCACCUCUAUCUUCUCUCAUCACCUCCUGUCAACAUCCCCCUCUCUCUGCCUCCUCCAAUGCUGAGAUCCCCAGGAAGAAGGUUAUGGGUGCAGGGAUGGGUACAGCAGUGACGACGGCGGUGAAGGUGGUAGAGGAAGAACGUCAACAUAACGAAGGAGAUGUGGAAAACGAAGACGAGGAUGACACCGUUUGGUUUUUCGAUCCAGAGCAAACUGGAAGUGGAAGAUCGGUGCUCCAAACUACCAGUAACACUAACAGUCGUGAUUUGGAUGCUGACGCUGCAUCCAGCAACAUCAAGGUAGCUGUGGAAGACAAUGCGCUUUCAAAGCCAGCUGUGGAAAGCGAGAGAAAAAGAAUUUAUCAGAUGAAGAAGCCAUCAUCGCCCAUCCCGAUAGACCAGUGGGAGCUGUCCACCCGUCCACAGCCUGAUCCCUCCCCAGGCCCAAUCAUCGUUGAAGUGCCGCUGGUCAGGGGUACAAGUAACGGCUUCGGAUUCAGCAUCGCUGGUGGCAUAGGAACGGAGUUUCUCGAGGGUGAUUCGGGCAUCUUCAUCACUAAGAUCACCUCAGGCGGUGUUGCAGACACCAGUGGCCGCAUAGCUGUCGGUGACCGGUUGAUCAGGGUAAACAGUGUCUCCCUUGUGGACGUGACACACGCGGAAGCUGUGGAGGCCCUCAACACUGCAGGCGACUUUGUGUUUCUCCUUCUCGUCAAGGUACCUCUCCAGUCCUCACCCCAAUGGAUCAAUCGUCGGCAGUGCCAAGAAACUGUCCGAAAUCUCCGCAUUUCGCCCAAUCCGUCAACAAACAAGGAGGGGCAAAUUACUGAUCGACAUCCACCCAUAGCAGCAGCUGAGGGAUUAGCUGAGAGGGGCCAGUCGCAUCGACGCAGACCCGAAAGGCGACGGUUAAUGCCCCAGCAGUUACAGUCCACUGUCUUAGGACCCUUCAAUCGGACAGUAGAAGCCCUUCCUCUCUCAAGCAGUUCUCAUGGAUCAGAGGACUACGCGGCCGCCCACGCGGUGCCUGAGUCCAUUUUACAGCGGUGGCCGAGAGCUCGGCUGGUCACCCUGUACAAAGAGGAGGUCCCAAUGGCAAGCAAUGGCGUUGGGGGGAGGUCAGGUGGCAGUCUCGGCUUCAGCAUCGUCAGCGGCGACGCCACCGAUGGCAUCUUUGUCUCUCACAUCCACCCUAAGGGUCCAGCCGCUUCCUCUACAGCCAUCUCCGUCGGCGACCGUCUGCUCAUGGUUAAUAGUACCGAGGUCGUCGGUUCAACCUACGAAGAAGCUGCAAUUCUUCUAAAAACGGCUCCUUCCCGAGUAGACCUGGUACUCUCGUAUGCCCCCACAGAGUAUAAGAAGCUAGAGGAUCAGAUUCGCACCCAGACGGAGGUACGAUCAGACGACACUGAGGGAGAAGGGGACGAGUAUGAUAACGAGGGUGCGCCGUCAAGACUAUGCCGUUCCAUUGAGGCCGACGGACUCUUUGUGCGAGUCCUCGUCAACUUCGAUCCUCACGAGGUAACGGAGCUGGACCAGGUCAUUCCAUGCUCCGCUAUCUCGGUGCGCUCUGGUGAUAUCCUCCAACUUAUAAAUAUAACCGAUCGGGAGUGGUGGCAGCCUCUCGGUCCAGCAGGUCUGGUUCCGAGUCGAUGUCGACUGGAGCACCAGGAGCGCGUCAAGUGGCGCGUCCUCUUUGGCCGCAGAUCCUGUCUACUUCGUGCCUCGAGCAGCGAAACCAGCUCCCCCCUUGUCAGCGAUCCACAGUCGACUGACAAGGCUAUUGAGUCGAUUCCUCUCUCACAGUCAGAUGGGCCCAUCAUCUCCUCUAAACAGUCCUCCUUUCCCGAGGCCUCUGCAGCUGAGACACGCAGCCAGCGGCGUUCCACCGACUCCUCACGAGUAUCAAAAAAGAGUGCUCCUAGGCGAGCACAUUCAGAAUUCACACGUGAAAUUCUACCUCCAACCUACAUUCCCGUCACAUCCAUGCAGACUGUUAACACCAGACCGGUCGUUAUCCUUGGUGAUCUGAAGCACAACAUAUCCGAGGAUCUGCUCUCGGAGUUUCCUGACGAUUUCAGCACUUGCGUUCCACACACGACUCGUCAUCGUCGUCGUGGUGAAGUGGACGGUCGGGACUAUCACUUCAUCAAAUCGCGGUCUAGAAUGGAAUCAGAGAUCCAGCUGAAUCGCUACAUUGAGGCGGGAGAGUACAAUGGCAAUCUCUACGGCACCCAUCUACACUCUGUCUUCAAGGUGGCCUCCGCGGGCUUUCACUGCCUCCUUGACGUCAGCACAAUGGCUUUGCAACGAUUGACGGCUGCUGGUCUCCCGCCAAUUGCGAUUUUCGUUCUCUCCAAUUCGCCGGGUCAAUCUUUGGGCGCCGUAAAUCGGACUGGCGCCAUCCCCAAGCAGGAGAAGACCGUCCACAAUCGACUCACGAAGCGACGCGAAAAGAACUUUACUUUCCUAAGGGAAUAUUCUCCCCUUCUGACGGCCAUUUUAAUUGACGAUGACUACGACAAGAUCACGGAAAGGAUCCACAAAAUAGUUCAAGACAACAAAGGACCUAACGUAUGGAUUGCCUCGAGUGAUUUUCUUCCAUAA